AUGUCUCUCUUAGGGGCUGAUUAUGCCUCGAGCGAAGAUGAAUCGCCCUCGCGAUCAAAUGUUCUGCCCAAAGCCGCCGCGACGAAGAUUGUUGCUGCUCCGGAGGUGACUUUAGAUGUUUGGUCCUACGUCUUCAAGAGCGUUGUAUUUCAAGCUAAUAUCUUGCAGGACCCCAUGCAUCGACAAAUAGCCCUGGCUAACCCCACUGGUACGGCCUUGACGUAUAAUGUCAGGCACGAGUAUCUAUCAAGACCGUUGCAAGGGCCUGCAAACCCGUUCAAACUUGCUCAACCUGAAGGGAUGAAGCGCAAGAAUGUCCUUACCGGGUACGCUUCAGAAGCCGCAAUCAGCGAUUCGACAUUCAAAACGCAGCAUCUUACUUUUCAGAACCGAGGCUUUGCUCAAGAGCCAAACGCUAACGGCAACUUUGUUGGGGACCUGGAGUCAUUUAACCGCUUUGACGGCCAGAAUAUUGUACAGUCGAGGCCCACAGGCAUGAAGAGAAAGAGGGAGCCCAGGGGUGAUCCUAGUAUAAUGGAAGGAGACCGCCAAUACCGAGGUCCUUGGGCAAGGCCGACCAACGAAGCCCUUUAUGAUGAGAGAGACGCCGCGGAAGGGGAGGAAUUAGCUAGCGAUGAGGAAUAUGUGGAGGAAGAGUCUAUUCCAGAUAUCUCAGCUCCCAUGAACAAAGCGUCAACAGCUUACGAGAACGAUCUGACGAACACCGAGUCUACGCAAUACGACGGGUCACAGGAAGCUGACUAUAUGGGCCGUUCAUACAUGAUGCAUCCUCCUAAUAAACCAACUGAGGUUGAGAGAUGCUAUUACCCGAAGAAAUUAGUGAAUACCUGGAAACAUGGCUCGAAACCUAUCACAGCCAUUCGCUUCUUUCCAAAGACAGCCCAUCUGCUGCUCAGUGCCUCCGCCGAUGCCAAAAUCAAGAUAUUCGAUGUCUACCGCGAGCAGGAGCUUUUACGCACCUACAGCGGCCACGUCAAAGCUCUUACGGAUGCAGAGUUCUCUCCAAAUGGUAGUCAAAUGCUUUCCGCAGCACUGGAUCGAUACAUGAAGCUCUGGGACGUGGAGACAGGAACAUGCCUUUCACGCUUCAAGACAGGAGCGAUCCCUCAUGUCAUCAAGUUCAACCCUUCAGCACCACACGAGUUUGUUGCUGGUAUGUCAGAUAAAAAGAUUGUACAAUUCGACACCCGAGUUCCUCCCGAUAGCGAAAACAGUCUAGUCCAGGAAUAUGACCACCAUCUUGGUCCAAUCAAUAGUAUUACCUUUGUUGACGAAGAUCGACGGUUCAUAUCCACCUCGGACGACAAGUCCCUUCGUGCUUGGGAAGUGAACAUACCUGUCCCGAUCAAAUUUAUUGCUGAACCAUACAUGUACGCCCUGACCCGCGCUGCAUUACACCCAUCUGGCAAGCAUGCUGUCUUCCAGUCCGGAGAUAAUCAGAUAGUCGUCUAUGCAGCAGGCGACCGAUUCCGGCAGAAUCGCAAGAAAUUAUUCCGCGGUCACAAUACGUCAGGGUACGCCGUCGAUGUGGAUAUUUCACCAGACGGAGGCCUUGUAACCUCCGGGGACAGUGCUGGAUACGUCUGUUUUUGGGACUGGAAGACAUGCAAGAUGUACGAGAAGAUCAAAGCCAGUGCAGAAGGCGCUAUUACAUGUGUGCGAUGGAAUCCACAGACGACCUCAAGAGUCGCUACAGCGGGAACGGAGGGUAUCAUUAAAUACUGGGAUUAG